AUGAGCAGAGAGACGUUUUUCUUACUCUGUGACAAACUGAGGCCCCGCCUCGCUCGACAGGACACCAGCUUCCGGCUGGCCCUUCCAGUGGAGAAACGCGUCGCUGUGGCUCUUUGGCAUCUAGCAUCCAAUGUAGAAUACCGCACCAUUAGCAGUCUGUUUGGUGUGGGUAAAUCCACAGUGUGCAGGUGUGUUAGAGACAUGUGCCACGCCAUUGUGGUGCUUCUCAGGCCGCUGUAUCUGUCUACCCCAAAUGACCAGGAGCUAGAGGAGUCUGCCCAUGUCUUUCUGUCCAAGUGGGGUUUCCCUCAUUGUGUGGCUGCUCUGGCAACACUCCACACAGCCAUCAUCACCCCAUCAUCUAAUGUGUCUGACUAUGCCAACCCUGCUGGCUGGCUCUCAGUGAUGUCCCAGGUUGCUGUCAAUGGCAAGGGGCAGUUUUGGGAUGUAUGUGCUAGUUUCCCAGGUGGGACUGACCCGGCCGACAUCUUACAAAACUCAACACUGUGGGCCACAGCCUUAGAAGGUGGACUGUCACCUGACCCCCCUCCCACCUUCAUGGGUAAACUGCUCAGGUAUGUGCUUCUGGGGGAGGCUUGUUAUCCUCUGCAGAGCUGGUUAAUGAAGGCAUAUCCUGAAGAGGAAGAAAAGAAGACCAACUGGGGGGCACUGACAGAGCCACAGCGGGUGUUUAACCUGCGGCUCGCCAAGGCAAGGCAUGUGGCAGAGGAGGCACUGCUGAGGCUGAGGGCUCGCUGGCAGUGCCUCAGCAAGAGGAACGAUUGUGGACUGGAUGUAGUUCCCACUAUGAUUCUGGCCUGCUGCAUCCUCCACAACGUGUGCGAGUCCCAUGGGGAUGCCUUCAAAGUGGAGUGGCAGGAGGAGAUUGCCGACAUAGAGAGCCCUCAGCCCAGCCACAAGCUGAACCCUCCACUCAGUGCUGAGCAGGCCGAGGCAGAGGAUGUCAGGCAGCUCUUCUGUGACUAUUUCCAGCAGCAGGGCUAA